CCUCUGUGGGCAGCUCUGUUCUAAACUCAAUAUUUCUGCAGGCAUGCAGCAGAGCAGAGAACUUUCUGCUCACAGCAACACCCCUCAUCAUCUGACCAGAACAAAAAUGGAAUAACACUGGACUGAAUCAACAUUCUUUUACAAGUGAGCCAUGGAGCCAAGGAUUUCAGUGUCGUCUUUCAGAGAAGUGGUGUCUCCUCGGCGCAGUCUCAGUGCCAGUUUUCGCUAUGGCUCCUUUGUCGAAAGCACUGGUUCUUUGGACAGGGUAGGAUCUUCACCUGUCUCCCCUGCCCGAGGGUAUGUGGCUGUGGCUGUACUCUGUUAUAUCAACCUACUCAACUACAUGGAGCGGUACACUUUAGCAGGAGUGCUCCUGAACAUCCAGACAUUUUUUAAUAUAAAUGACAGUACUGCCGGACUUCUACAGACAGUUUUUAUUUGCAGCUUUCUUCUCUUUGCACCUCUCUUUGGAUACCUUGGAGACCGUUACAACAGGAAGUAUAUUAUGAUGUGUGGUCUGCUCGUGUGGCUCAUCACUGCUCUGUGCAGUUCCUUCGUUACUCAGAAUUUAUUCUGGUUCCUGAUGCUGAUGCGUGGUCUGGUAGGAGUUGGAGAGGCCAGUUACUCCACCAUCGCUCCCACGAUCAUUGGAGACCUGUUUACUGGGACAAAAAGAAGCUCCAUGAUUUCUAUCUUCUACAUCUUCAUCCCAGUGGGCAGUGGUCUUGGGUAUAUCUCAGGUGCCUCCAUCGCUUCUGCCACAGGGGACUGGCGAUGGGCUCUUAGGUUAACUCCCAUACUAGGUGUAAUUGGGCUGCUUUUGCUUGGCUUCUUAUGUCCAAACCCAUCAAGAGGCGCUGUGGAAAAUCAAGGCCAGACAAAUGCUGAACCCACUUCUUAUAAAGAGGACAUCAAAUAUCUUCUGAAAAAUAAAAGUUUUGUAUGGUCGACAUUGGCAGUGACUGCCAUGGCUUUCUUGACUGGUGCUUUGGCUUUUUGGAUGCCUUUGUUCCUGUCCCGAGCUCAGGUUUUCCAGGGAAUUCUGCAGCCUUGCACAAUGGAGCCUUGUAGCAGCAAAGACAGUUACAUCUUCGGAGGCAUUACCGUAGUGACGGGAAUUUUAGGGGUUUGCAUCGGGGCGAGUCUGUCCAGAUGCUUCCUGGACAAGGUGCAGUAUGCGGAUCCCGUCAUCUGCGCUGUUGGAAUGUUAGGAUCUGUCCCAUUUCUCUUUGCCACUAUAUUCACUGCAUCAGUCAACAUCAUAGCCACAUAUGUGUUUAUUUUCAUCAGUGAAGUGCUGCUGUCUCUGUGCUGGCCUAUUCUGGCUGACAUAAUUCUAUAUGUCGUGGUCCCGACCAGACGGGCUUCAGCUGAGGCUCUGCAGAUCACAGUAUUACACCUGUUGGGAGAUGCUGGCAGCCCUUACCUAAUCGGGACGAUUUCUGAUGCCAUUCAUAACUCCAAACUUGUGUCUGUGGAGUGGAGCUUCUUGAGUCUGAAAUACGGUCUCCUGCUGUGUCCACUGGCUGGAGUGUUGGGAGGAGUGUUCUUCCUGAUCACUGCUUGUUACAUCACCAAAGACAGGAAUGCCGCUCUGCAGAUGGGGCAAGAUAAAUCCUCUUUUCCACCAGAUCCUUCAACAACAUCUGUGGAGCUACAGACUGGGAAAAACUGAAUCUGAGCCAAAUCAAGAUCAAGAAUGUAUUUGUUUAUUAUAAUGUUUUGUAUUUUUCGUAUAUAGUUCAUUAUUCAACACAUCAUGGUGAGUGAAAUCUCUAUACACUGUCGCAAACUGUCAGCUCCCAAUGCAGUAAAUCCUACAAUAUCAAGCAAUCCUUCACUUAAGCAAUUGGCUGUAUCUGAUUUAGCUAAAGCACUUACCAAGUUUUCCCUAGUGGAAAACUAGGGAAAACUGCAGGGCUGGACAUAAAUAAAAGAUAUGACAUACAUGAGGUAAUCACUUAGCAACUACACUAUAAACGAGGGCCAAAAAGAUCAGAUAUUGAAACAAACUUUAGAUGGUGACAGUGGCACAGUGUUAAACACUUAAAGGUCCCAUAUUAGACAAAAUGGAUUCUCUCGAGCUUGAGUCCAAGUUAGAAUGGUUUUGCCUCAUCAAAAACAUACCCAGAGGUGUGUUUUGUUUGGUGUGUUUUGUUUCAUUCACAUGUUUGAGUUUGUCUACAUCUCCCAGAGGUGGGGACUUGUAAGUUGUGACUUGGACUUGAGUCAGACUUGAGUCACUAUUUUUAGGACUUGAGACUUGACUUGAUAAAAUGGACAAAGACUUGACUAAUGAUUCACUCUAAGAUUUUGUCAAGACAUUUAAUAAGGAAAAAAAAAUGCAUUUCUACAACUCUUAUAUACUCUAUAAAUACUCAUAUAUAAAUAUACUAUGAUUUUUUAAGUACAAUUUAGUUUAAAAUUCAUAUAAAUUGCAAAAUUCUAAGCUAUAUUUGGUACUUUGGUUUAAAAUGGACUUGAAAUGACUUGAAGCUCAGAGCAGAUGACUUGGACUUGACUUGGUUUUAUAAGCCAAUGACUUGAGACUCGACUUGGACUUUCCUGUAUUUGACUUGGGACUUGACUCGGACGUGAUGUCAAAGACUUGAGACUUCCUUGAGACUCACAAAACAACGACUUGGUCCCACCUUUGACAUCUCCAGUGCUCAAAAUGCUCUGUUAUAUCAGCUACAUUUUAUCUUUUGAUCAGUAUUCCAAGAAUGAAAUCAUCCAAAAGAUUUUUGUGAAGGUUUAUGGGGUUUCAAAACAUAGUGAAAUACUUUGUAUAUUAAUACAUGACAUCACUUCUGCGCUGACAUUUGAAAGUAUGAUAAUGUGGAGGUGAAUGGAGACUCACAAAGUCCCACAUUUGUCUUACAACUUCUGUUUAUUGCAGUAAAGCAUAGUUUAGAUUUUAUCGAGUGUUAACUGUCUGAGGGAAGAACUCCACCUAAAUAUGCAGGGUUUGUGUGUUAAACUUGUGUGAAUGAAACAAAACAACUACAGGUAUGUUUAUGAUAAGGAAAUGAAUAACAUAGAUCAGAAAAUAGCAUAAUAUAGGGCCUUUAAGUAUAAAUAUUAAAAAUAUUUACUUGAAAUAAUAAUUGAAAUAUAAAAUGGGAUCUAGAAAUAAAGCACUAAAUGUUAUGUGUGAUAUGUGCGGUAAGUGACAGAAAAAAUAAAACUGAGAACUUUUUUAGAUGG